AAACAACCCUAAACCCCACACCACCGCCACCUCCUUCCUCUCGCUCCGUCUCUGUCUCUCUUUCCUACACAACCGGUCGGACUGCAGCCAGCCAUAGCCGUCGAACUCACGAGCCAUCGCACUGCAACCAACCGUCACUCUUAAACAAUCGAAAUCGGCGUUUUUUCGCCGGUUCAGAUUCGGUUGGGUGUCUAGAGUAGUUGGGAGAGAGAGACGUAGAGGGGGUUUCGGUCGGUGCCUCUUAAAGUUCAUUCCCUCAUUUGGGUUCUAUCGAAUUUUGUAGCUGUUCGUUCUUGUACUCUCUCUUUCUGAAUUUCACACACACGCCUUCAUGGAAGGGAAAAACCAAAAAACAAAAUAAAAUUGAAAGCUUAGAGCAUUGAUGAGAAGUUGGAAGCUUAUCUAAGAAGAAAGACAAGGACAAACUUGGUUGAGAAGAUUUGAGAGCUCAAUUUAAGGCUGUUGAUGUCGAAUUCGUGGAUUUGUGAAACUUGUGGCAACGAGGAGCUGGUAGACGGCAAUAAUGGCUUCUUCUACUGCAGCCAGUGCAACUCACAAGCGCAGGGCUUCAAGGACACCGGGGUGGCCGAUGAGGACUUUUACGACGAGACUGGCGAUGCACAGGGAGGCCUCUACUCUGCCCGUAACACCCGCCGCGUCAACAUCUCCGCCGUCAAACCCGAGGCCCUUUCCCAACCCCUGGAUAAUAACCCUUUGAGUCAAACCAACAUGGAAAAUGACAAUGCUGAUGCUGUGGGACCCACGGAACCCGAGGAUUUUGGAUUCGACACGGUGGAGGGCUAUUACAGUGAGGUUAGGCUUAGGUAUGUGAAAGGAGUGCAGCGGAUGAUUGAGCUCCAAUGUGAGGCUUUGGUUAGGGAGUUUAAGGUGAACCCUUUGAUUUGUGGGUUGUCUGGGUCCAUUUGGCUACGCUUAUUGGCUUGGACUCGUGUUUUUCAGGAUGAUUGGGGUGACCGGACUUUCGAUGACGCUGAGAUACGCCAACAAGGGGAACCACCCGAAGAUUUUAAGCCACGCUCUAAAUACAGAGACGAACCUCACACAAGGUUUGGUCAGCGAGCAGUAAUGGUAUGGUUUAGGUCCUUGAGAAACACUAUACCAUUAUCUUAUACUUUAGCUAUUUCCUUUCUGGCUUGUCAUCUUUCCAGGGAAGCAGUCCUACCGACAGACAUAGUAAAAUGGUCAGUUGAAGGAAAGCUCCCAUAUUUUUCUGCUUUUCUUGAAAUUGAAAAAGACUUGGGAAGGCCUUCACGUGCCUGCCCAAUAAGUUCAAGCUUAAUGUUUAGACCUUCUGAAUCUGUGCCAGUGCAAAAGUUGGAAGCACUGGCAGCAUCCAUUGCUGAGUCCAUAGGCUUGCACUUACCUCCAGUGAAUUUUUUUGCUAUAGCUUCUCGCUAUCUGAAAAAGUUAUCUCUUCCAGUCGGAAAGGUUCUCCCUCACGCAUGUCGCAUAUAUGAGUGGUCAAUGCCUCCAGAUUUAUGGUUAUCAACAAAUGAGUUGAGGCUUCCUACUCGUGUGUUUGUUAUGUCAAUACUGAUUGUAGCAGUAAGAAUUCUUUAUAAUAUUCAUGGUUUUGGAGAAUGGGAAAAAAGUUUGUCCAGAAUUCAUACUUUGUCUUCCACAUCUAAUCAGAUGGGAGAUCUGGAUCCCACAUCCAAUUCCAAAAUGCGGUCUGGUACUGCAGAGGAUUUAGGUUCGCCAUCCCACAAUUUGGAUGAUACGGAUACAGAGCUUGUUAGAAAUUUGUCAAAUGCUCAGAACUCUGAAUUGGACGCUGCAGAACUUCUAUCCAGCCUUGAAGCAAAGCAUAAUGAAAUUGCUGAUACUUAUGAAUAUUGCAAGGACUUACCAACGUAUCUUCAGUUCUGCAAGGAUGUAGUCUUUGCUGGAUCAAAAUCAUCAUUCAAGGAUCACAAGGAAGAAGAGCUAAUUGAAUUGUUAUGGAACUUUUAUCAGAGUAGAAAGGAUUCUGAAACAGCAGUCGAACAAGGAUUGCUUUGUGGUGAAACUGUUAACCAGAAAAGAUUGAGGGACAAUGAAGAGUGCACUAAUGAUAUAUCUGAAGAAAAAAAGUUUAGUAAUAAAUGCCCUGUUUCUAGCCCUUACUCUGGUGAUGAAACUCCCUUCGCGGACGACCAACAAAGGAGCAAAAAUGGCGAUAAUUCUUGUAGUAGCUCACAGAAUAGUCAGAACUCAGAAGUUAAUGACGCAGAAACUCUCAAAGAGGAAGCCAUUACUCGAAUGAAAUUAGACAUGGAGGAGAAGAGAUUCUUUUAUAUUCCACCGAGGGUCAACCUCAAAAGAUUUGAUUACCUUCACUAUGUAAGGAAGAAGGAUGAAGGUGCCUACACUUAUGCUGCACAUGCUGAUUAUUACAUCUUGCUUCGUGCUUGCGCUAGAGUUGCAGAAGUUGAAAUCCGGUGUAUGCACAUUGCAGUGUUGAGCUUCGAGAGGAGGCUGGCUUGGAUGGAAAAGAGAAUCAACCACUGCUUGCACUUGACCCCACCUAUUGUCUCAUGCGAGUAUUGUGCUGAUAUGGUCCCAGAAAAUACUAAUGCAGAAAAUGAUAUUGAAUCGAUUGGUUUUCCAGAUUUGAAUUUAUGAGUUUUAUUUUUAUUUUUUAUAUUUGAAUAUUACUCUUCUUUUUCCAAGGUACUAUAGAGCAUAGAUGAGAAUUCACAA